GCCCUGGAGUUUUGGGGGAUCGGAGAGGGGGGGCUCAGCGGGUUCUCUUCCCCCCCCCCCCAGAGGAUCAAGGAGGGCAGCGUGAUCGACCGGAUCCCGGUGAUCGGCGUCGGGGACAUGAUCGAGGCCAUCGACGGGCGCAGCCUGGUGGGCGCGCGGCACUUCGAGGUGGCCAAGCUGCUGAAGGAGCUCCCCAAGGGGCGCCCCUUCGCCCUGCGCCUCACCGAGCCCCGCAAGGCCUUCGACAUGAUCAGCCAGCGAGCGGCGGGGGGCAGAGGCGGCGGCACCCAGCUGGGCACCGGCCGGGGCACCCUGCGGCUGCGCGCACGGGGUCCCGCCACCGUGGAGGAGCAGCCCUCAGCCUUCGAGGAGCGAGCCAUCGCCAAGGUGGACGACCUGCUGGAGAGCUACAUGGGCAUCCGCGACACCGAGCUGGGUGAGCCGGCACCCAAGGGUGCUGGGGGGGGGGGGGGG